AUGCUCACCUAUCUCUUUGUCUAUAUCCUCGGUGUUCUUACCUUCAUCCCUCUCGUCGUCCUCAUUUCCGCAGUAUGCGUCGCAUACGCAUGGUACACCUCCGUACCUCUCCCGUUGAACCCCGUAUCCUCCUUACCAGGUGAGAUGCCCGUCUCAGCCAAAAAGGAGGUGCAAGAAGAGGACAAAGAGCAAGAAUCGAUGGCCGCGCGGCAGAGGGACGACCUUACUACAGACUUGCUCGAACGGGAAGCUCUCCUCGGCCCUGUUGCCAGAGACAUGCGGGACGACGUUCCUGGUGUACGGAUCCGGUCGGGUUGGCUGACGGUGCGCAACACUUAUACACCUCUUGCACCACCGUCUUCCUACGUCUCCUACGUUGUCUCUUCCUACCGGUCACUCACUGCCAGGCACCCACAACCACGAAACUCUGCUACUGCCGACCCUCAGGCGCCUAGGGACCGCUUUUUCGCACAAGUGAAGGGCACGGUGUUGUUCUUGUACGAAGACGAGGAGUGCCUCGAUAUCUGGGCAGCGCUGGAUUUGGGGAGGUACGACGUGCGCAUCGAGGGUGCUGAGGGAGGGGGAGAGGAGGCGAGACGCGCCAUCAUGGAUGGAGAACUAUAUGCGAAAAGGCAUGCGAUCGUCCUUCGCAGGAAGGCGGUGGAGGGGACCCUACCUAGCGAAGGGACAACAGACUCGGAGAGUGCAAGCGCGGAGAGGAGCGAGAAGGAGAAGGCGGAGAAGAGCGAGAGCGAGUCGCUCCUCUUUCCACCCAAACGGCCAGAUAGCUCUCGCCGAGCAAGCAGCACGAGUAAUACCAGCAGCACGAGCAAGAACGACUCUUCGGACGUUUACCCGCCAUAUUUCAUCUUCCUUCGCUCGAACACGCAAAUGGAAGACUGGUACCUAACGCUACAGACCCUCUCGCAACCACACGCGUCCUCCCUCCUUCCUUUACAACCCGCGAUCUACUCCGAAUCGGACAUGGACGUUCUACUCUCCUCCAUCGACGCCCUCCCCGAACACAUACCCACCCGAUGGCUCAACGCCCUCCUCGGCCGGCUCUUCCUCUCCUUCUACCGCACCGCUGCGCUCGAAGAGUUCGUCAUAAGCCGGAUGAUGCGCAAGUUGUCCAAAGUCAAACGCCCUAGUUUCCUCAAAGAAGUCGUCGUACGGGAAGUGAACCUCGGCAGUCGGCCACCCACAGUGAGCAAGCCGAUGCUGAAGAGCCUGACCCGCGCAGGCGAAGCGAGCGUCGAGGCGGCGAUCUCUUAUCAAGGGGAGAUUCGUAUUACCCUCGAAGCGGUGGCUGCGCUUUCUCUAGGGAGCAAGUUCCGCUCCUAUCAAGUCAAACUCGUCCUCGCCGUCGUCCUCCGCUCCCUGGAGGGAAACAUGUUACUAAAGAUCAAGGAGCCCCCAAGUAACAGGAUCUGGUAUGGGUUUACCGCUAUGCCGAAGAUGGAACUCGAGGUCCUGCCGGUUGUGAGCGAACGCCAGAUUAAAUGGAGCAUGAUCUUGAAGCCUAUUGAGGCUCGUUUAAGAGAAAUCAUCCAGGAAUCUGUCGUCGCCCCGAAUAUGGACGAUAUCCCCUUCUUCGACACCAGCGCUCUGCCCGCUCGAGGUGGCAUUUGGGCCGACAGCGCAAGGAAGGAGAAACAUAUUAUAGGCCUUGCUGCUGGACCCGUGGUCGAGAGCUCCCAACGUACAGAGAUGGAGGGGCUCGAGCCUGCCCUUGUAGGGACAGAGAAUGGGGAGCUAGCCUCUAGUCCAGAAAAGUCCGACCGGUGGGCAAACGCCCCCUCGCUGCUGAGGAGCGAAACGCGUUCAAGCGCUACUUCAGUGCCUUUGUUAGGCCUUUCCGAGCGGGAGAAGGACAGGGGUCAUGGGAAGAAGAACAGCUGGUUUGGGGGAAGGAAGGAGUACGGAAGUGUGAAGAGCAGCUGGGCGAGCGGGAGUGCUAGCGUCGUCGGACUUGUCGCUGAUGGCGGUUCAAAAUUGGCCGGCUCUACCGACGAGCUAUAUGAAGUGGGCGAAGAAGCUGCCCUAGGGGCCGGUAGGAGGAGCCUGAGCGACACAAACGUCCCUCAGCUAUCGUUCGACACUGCGCCGGAGAUGGACCGGUCUGCCGAAACCACCCCAGUGGAAAGCGUUUCCUUCCCUUUAACGGAGUCGCUCGAGAGCGCACCUAGCCCAGGGCCGCUCAGCCCUAACUCGGUCACCCGCUCCUCUGCGGUGAGUAUGAGCGCUACCACACCGACGCAGCGCAACUCGCCAGGGCUCCCUAGGCGAUCGGGUAGGACAGUCAGCUCCACCAAUUUUCCUGACCCGGAUUCUUGGCCUUCGCCCUCCCCGAGCCCGUACAAGGAGGGCUCGAUCGCCUCCACCGGCAGUGGUAGUACCACCAGCACAGCACAACAGCAAGGACAAGGCACGAUCCUCGGAUCCUGGCGUGCGCGUGCGAGUGACAAGCAGGCACUUCAGGCGAGCGUGAACCAGGCUAAGGACGCGAUGAAGAAAUGGGGAGUAAGCUUUGCUGCGAAACGACGUGCCGGAGGGGGAGUGGUCGGGAGUAUGUUUGGCGGUGGGAAGGCCGGUGGUUCUCAGGAAGACGUGAGUUCUGAAGUGGACGACGAGCAGCCUGGUACCGAGCGGGGCCGAACACAAGAAACGAGGAACGGAGACAGUGCGAGGAAACAGAAUGACGACUCGUGGGGUUCAGCCCUGGACUCGGAGGGUGAACCUGGAACUUCCGGGCGGUCAUCCCGCCCCAGUUCGGUUUACAGCGAACGCACAUCCUCUUUCUCUGGCGGCGUUUCAGGCGGGAAGACCUCGCGUCCCGCGAGCGUGCGCUCUGUCUCUUCCACUGGCGGAGGAGGCCCGGCUGUCAAACCGGGGUUUGUUGUCCCUUCUGCGCCCCGUACUACAACGGAAUUGUCGACCAGUCCGCCAGCGGAGGACCCGCCUGUGCCUCCAAUGCCACGGAAGUCUCUGGAGGCUCCACCACCCCAGCCUGCGCCUACGCCUAGGAAGAGCCUCGAUGUUGCCAACGCCACCCCAGCGCGCAAGUCGGCCGAAGUGCCUGCGGUUGCUACCCCGGCACCGAGGAGGCUGUCCGAAAAUUCACCGCCCGUUCCCGCACCCGCUCUGAUGACCCUGCAGCCCGGAGUAGCUGGCCCUCUACGUGAUGCCCCCUCGCCGAUCCAUGUGCAACCUACGAGCGGGAUGACCAUGACUGUUCCCGGCAUCCAUGCAAGCCACAAGGGCGAGGUUAUGGCUAUGGGAAGCUCGCCGCCAGUACCGCCUAAGCCGGAACCGAAGCCGAUUGUUUCUAGCAUGUAUCGACUGUUCAAGAGGGAGGGGAAUGAGGCGCCUUCUGAGAGCACCGAGUCUGCACCAGCAAUGGUCACGAGCGGGACUUCGCCAGCAAAUUCGAUCAACGGGUCUCAUGAGUCUCCAGCCAAGUCGUCCUCGGCUUUGCCUGUACCUCCUGCCGCCACCCCAGGUGCGUCUCCUGAGCCGGCACCGGCACGUUUGCCAUCCCCGACUCCUCCGAAGCCAUUGCCGCCCACGGCACCCGCACUUCCUGCCAGGCCAUCGCCCGCCCAUGUGCCAUCGUCCGCCCAUGUGCCAUCAUCCGCUUAUGUGCCCGUCCCACCACCCGUACCAUCACCUGUGCCUCCUCCAGUGCCCGCUCGUCCUGUCCCUCCGGCGUUGCCAGCAAGACCUACGCCACCGCGACCCACACCUCCGACCCUCCCUCCUCGGCGCCCUACAAACAGUAGUACUAGUCCUACCAACAGCGCCAUCGCCACUUCCAUCAGCACAGCCUCUAUAACUCCCAUUCCGACGGUGGUGACUGAACCGCCUUCGAGUUCUUCUAAACUCACGGCCACAGCUCUGAAGGCCGAGAUACCUCCCGAUUCACCCACAGCUAGUGAGGCACUCCGGCAUGUGGCGGCGCGGCAUAACGCCCGAUCAUCUGUGGAUACCACUACUGAUGGUCCAUCAUCACCAUCACCUAUUCCCAACACGGUUGAAAAUGAUAUACUUUCAGAGACAAAGAAACUGGAUGCACCGUCAAUGACCCCUCCAUCACUGCCACCGAGGUCGACCUCCGCCAAAGCGAUGGCAUUCGAUCCCUCUCCCCCUCUCACAUCUUCGCAGGAUGUUGAAGCAAAAUUGGACUCUGAUUCCCGCGGCAGGUGCAGCGCAGGAUAA